UGUACUCCUGACAGCCAUAUUUGAUUCGAUUAUGCUGUUCUGGCUGCGACAACCAGUUUAGCCAGUUCCUGACCAAAAAAAACCCAAAACGGUGUAUUUUCUUCACUACGCAGCCAACUUUAAGGUUAACCUGCGACGAUAUCCAGCUGCAUUCACAGUAACAACAGUUUAUUACCCGUAGUCAACGAUGAAUCCAGAAUAUGACUAUUUAUUCAAACUGCUCCUGAUCGGUGAUUCUGGUGUCGGAAAGUCUUGUCUCCUCCUCCGGUUUGCAGAUGACACAUACACAGAGAGCUACAUUAGUACCAUCGGUGUGGACUUCAAGAUCAGGACCAUCGAGCUGGACGGGAAGACCAUAAAACUUCAGAUUUGGGACACGGCCGGCCAGGAACGGUUCCGCACCAUCACGUCCAGUUACUACAGAGGAGCUCACGGCAUUAUAGUAGUUUACGAUGUGACGGAUCAGGAGUCCUUCAAUAAUGUCAAACAGUGGCUGCAGGAGAUCGACCGCUACGCCAGCGAGAACGUCAACAAGCUGCUAGUAGGCAACAAGUGUGACCUCACAACAAAGAAGGUUGUGGAUUACACCACGGCUAAGGAAUUUGCCGACAACUUGGGAAUCCCCUUCCUGGAGACGAGCGCCAAGAGCGCCACCAACGUGGAGCAGGCUUUCAUGACCAUGGCGGCCGAGAUCAAGAAGAGGAUGGGCCCCGGGGCCACCGCCAACUCCUCGGAGAAGUCCAACGUCAAGAUCCAGAGCAAGCCGGUCAACACCUCGUCCGGAGGCUGCUGCUGAGGACCCCCCACCACCAACCCCA